UCUCAGUAACCAGCCGCGGUUCAACAUGGCGGCCGGCGUCUGGACGUGCUGAACGGCAGCGCUGUUGUUUUCCUCCUCCCUCCGCCAUUCUCAGCGCACACGGCGGCAGGGAGCGUUUACUGUGCCUCCACGACCCCCUGACGCUCCCCUUCCCCGGCUGCUGCAUGUCUGCAGCUGAAAGGGGGCGUUUUACUGAUAAUUUCUUCACCUGUCUCUGCAGCACCAUCAAGUACCUGACCUAUUUCAGGUCCAGGAAGAAAUCUCUUCAGUACUGCAAGAUCAAAGACCCCAAACUGGAGGAGAUGGACGAGCAGAGCGUGGAGGGUAUAGCGGAGGUUUUCAGAUGUUUCAUCUGUAUGGAAAAGCUAAGAGAUGCCCGCCUCUGUCCACACUGCUCCAAACUCUGCUGCUUUAGCUGUAUUCGGAGAUGGCUUACUGAACAGAGAGCUCAGUGCCCCCACUGCAGAGCUCCCUUGCAACUCAGGGAGUUGGUUAAUUGCCGAUGGGCCGAAGAAGUUACACAACGUCUUGACACACUACAGUUAUGCAGCCUUAACAAGCAUGAGGAAAAUGAGAAGGACAAAUGUGAAAAUCAUCAUGAAAAGCUCAGCGUGUUUUGUUGGACUUGUAAGAUCUGCAUCUGCCAUCAAUGUGCGCUCUGGGGAGGGAUGCACGGAGGACACACUUUCAAGCCACUUGCAGAAAUUUACGAGCAGCAUGUUACUAAAGUAAAUGAAGAGGUGGCCAAGCUUCGGCGACGGCUAAUGGAAUUAAUUAGUCUUGUUCAAGAAGUGGAGCGAAAUGUUGAGGCUGUACGAAGUGCUAAGGAUGAACGAGUUAGAGAAAUCCGCAACGCAGUGGAGAUGAUGAUCGCCAGACUUGAUACUCAGCUCAAAAAUAAGCUCAUCACACUUAUGGGUCAGAAAACCUCUCUAACCCAAGAAACUGAACUUCUGGAAUCACUUCUGCAAGAAGUAGAACAUCAGCUUCGAUCUUGCAGUAAGAGUGAACUCAUCUCAAAGAGUCCAGAGAUUCUUAUGAUGUUCCAGCAAGUUCACAGAAAACCCAUGGCUUCCUUUGUCACCACCCCAGUACCACCAGAUUUCACAAGUGAACUUGUUCCUUCCUAUGAUUCAACUACAUUUGUGCUGGAAAACUUCAGCACUCUCCGCCAGCGUGCUGACCCUGUAUACAGUCCUGCUUUACAAGUGUCAGGCCUCUGUUGGAGACUAAAGGUUUAUCCAGAUGGUAAUGGAGUUGUGAGGGGCUACUAUUUAUCUGUCUUCCUUGAACUUUCUGCUGGCCUUCCAGAGACCUCGAAGUAUGAGUAUCGUGUGGAAAUGGUACAUCAGUCUUCCAAUGAUCCUGCUAAAAACAUCAUUCGAGAGUUUGCAUCCGAUUUUGAAGUAGGCGAGUGCUGGGGAUAUAACCGCUUCUUUCGUCUGGACUUACUCGCUAACGAAGGCUAUCUGAACCGUGCAAAUGACACUGUCAUUUUACGAUUCCAGGUUCGCUCCCCUACAUUUUUCCAGAAGAGUCGGGACCAGCACUGGUACAUCUCUCAGCUGGAGGCAGCACAGACCAGUUAUGUGCAACAGAUCAACAAUUUGAAGGAAAGACUUGCUAUUGAACUGUCAAGAAACCAGAAAUCCAGAGGUAUAUCUCCACCAGACAAUCAUCUCAGCCCCCAGAAUGAUGAUAGUCCGGAAGCCAGGUCCAAAAAGACAGAAGCAAAUCUAGAGGCUACUUUACCUACUCCAAGAGAGGCCGAGGAGGAUGAUGAUAAAAUCCUUCAUGAUGUCUUUAAUCAGCAAGAUCUGUCUGAUGGGGACUUAGAUGUGGACCUGGCGGGGGAGGAUGAAGUAAACCACUUAGAGGGAAGCUGUUCCUCUGCCAGCUCCACUGCCACCAGCAACACAGAAGAAAAUGAUAUUGAUGAAGAGACCAUGUCGGGUGAAAAUGAUGUGGAGUAUAGUAGUAAUAUGGAUUUGGAAGAAGGAGAAUUGAUGGAGGAUGCAGCUGCUUCUGCUGGUGCCGCAGCGAGUGGACAUACCUAUGGUAACAGUAGAACCUCAAGACGCACUGGAACCAACUUGAGCGCCUCCAGUAGCAGUAGUUUAUUGGACCUGGAUCCUCUUAUACUUAUUCAUUUACUGGACCUUAAAGACCGAAGUAGUGUCGAAAAUCUUUGGAGUCUGCAACCUAGGCCUCCCGCUUCAAUCUUCCAGUCUUCAGGAUCCUGUUCUCGCAAAGACAGAGAGGCACGCACACAACAGACAUCAUGGCGCGUGUCUCCAGACUUCAAGAUGCUGAAGAGGUACAAGUCUCAGGUCCUUGAGGUGCGCAGCAAGCUUUCUGCUGUGAAGAGCCAGAUAUGUGAAGUCAGGAGCAGUAGUGCUGGGCCUAAUGAAGGCCAAACAAAUGGCAAUGGGGAGCUGGACGCCUUAGCAACCGGAAGUGGGGACGGAUGUAGCAAGUUACAGGAACUCGGAAUGGAGUUGCUUCGAAAAUCUUCUCUAGCAAGCUGUUACGUGAGAAACACAUCCACCAAAAAAUGUAAUUCCCCCAAGCAUUCACGAACCAGUGAAAGAGCGGGAAGUCUUUCUUUACGGAGAGCAGUUGACAAUGGGGACAGCAGUCAUCGUGCCAAAGGAGAAUGCCAAGCUCCAGCUGAAGCUUGUGGCACUAGCGCCAAGAACAGCAGCAGACAUGGAUCACCAAGAUCUCUAGGUAAUGGAAGUCCUGAGAUACCAUCCAGCUCUAAGGCAGAAGAUAGACAGCCUGACCUCCUCAGUGCCGAAAUCCAAGCCAUGUGCCUGGAGAAGUCUAGAAAAAUUGUUACAUUGGGAUCAAAUUCAAAAGGAUGGAGUGUAAAGGAUACUGUACAGCCUGGAAGCUUAGACAGUGAUCAAGAUGCAGGUGAAAUUAACCCUAUGAUUUCAGAAGGAGUUUCAUCGUAUCCAGAUGAAGCUGGUUUAUGCUCCAAGCAUGUUCUUCACAUUUUGCCAGGAAUGAGUAGUGACAGCGACAUUGAGUGUGACACUGAAAAUGAAGAGCAGGAAGAGAGUAUAACCUGUGGCAGUUUUAAUGACCCUUUCGCAGCACAGCCUUCUGGUGACGAUCAAUCCUGUCCUUUUCCAGAUGACAACAAUAUAAGCUCAGAAGACCUUCAUUUUGCUGCUGGAGACAACGGUGGAAGGUAAUCGGUGAGAACGUUAAGACAUCUCCAACUGAGCUGAAGACCACAAAACACUAGGAAAUUUAAGACUUCAUCCAAUCUAGGGUGCAUGUUCACUGCUGUAACAUAUUUAUAGAAGCAAGGAUGCUACUCGGCACUACACACAAGUCCUUAAUCAAAAGUUGUCACGGGCAGUAAAUAUGCAGGAUUAGUCCAGUGCGUCCGGCAUGGAAAUCAUUAUGUACAAUUGGAAUGUAAAUCAUUCCAUGCUUUCACUGUAUGCACCAGGCAAGAAACACUUGAUGGUUGUCUCUUCUUUGGAAGUCCUAGGUGGCUGAUGUAUGAAAAGAACAUCUUGUAAAAAGCAUUUAUGCAUGAUCUCCAGGCAGAUAGUGGUUUGCUAGACUUGGCUGACAGAAGCUAUACCACGCUGGGACUGUCCAUAGCUUUUGUGAGGACAGUACAGUAAAUCUAUACGAGGUCAUAGCCGAGGACACAUUCUCGCGUUCUUAGAGAUGUUUAAUAAUUGAGAUAAAAAUCCAUGACAAACAUUGACUUUCCGGUACAGCACUGCACUAAUCCUAAAGAAAGCUCAAUUCUUUCUCAUUUGCAUGGCUGCCACAGGAGUGUGAUCUGUAUAAUAUUUAAUAAAAUUGUCAUUUUUAGGUUCUGCGUCUCCAGAAAUACUAAGGGCAAUAGCGAACGGCUUCUCCCUUUUAAGAAAAACUGUAAUGUUAUCAAGACAUUCUUAGUAGAUAGGUGCUAGAAGACAACCAGCAAUAAAUACACUUGCAGCUUGAUUUACAGUAUUUAUAUAGCUAAGUAUAUUCAACCCUUCAGGUCCACAUUUGUUAAAUCUCUCUUGACCUGCAGUGCAACUAUGUGCCUUCACGUGUAAGCAAAGAAAUUGUAAUAAGGAAGACCUUCUGAUUGGGAGAGGUAGAAAGAUGCAGUCUACCAGGGUAUGUAGCUUGUAAACCAGUCUCCAUAGUACAUACUGUAGCAGGCUCCCUUCUAUGGAUUAAGCGGAUUAAACGGAGUACACGAUUUGCUCAGUUUGUGAUAUAUUUCAUGCACAGAUUUCAGGAGCCCUGUCUACAAUGGCACACUUGUCUGACUGUGUUUUAAUGCACAGAUAUCUUGUAAUCAGUUGGAACAUUUAGACAUCUCCAACUGAGCUGAAGACCACAAAGUGCUAGAUACCUUCUCCAUUAUGUAAAUGCAUAUUUACUUCCCUGAAGCUGGUAUCAACUCUGAGACCACGUUACUGCAAAUGUAUCACAAGCUUAGAGCACCUAUUCCUCUUGGUUACAGGAGUAUUCCUGACGUUUAUGGUUUCUGUGACUGCUUAGACGCCCCCCCCCCCAACUGAUCACAAGGACAGGGUUUUGUUGUCGCCCUUGCUCACUGUAGCAGGACAGAGGAGACUUUAGUGGUGAACUCUCCAUUAUAGUCUAUGGGCAAGUCUUUUCCCCCUGCUACUGACUUGUAAUAAGGAAAACGGGGUACAAGACCUCUGUUGUGAUCUGUAGAGGUUACCACCUUAACUCUAUCCAUACAAACCUGAAGAAUCCCUUUAAGACUCCAAGCUAUAUUCAGCUCCCAUUAGGAUGAAUAUAUAAUAUACUGUAUAUAUAAACCUAUUGACAGUUUCUCCCUGUUGCAGUGUAUUCAUUUACUAUAUGAAGGGUUAAUGUUGUCAGUACUGCCGCCUGUAGACAAGCUUUUGUCAGGGUGUCACAUGGUACAAAUUAGUCAUUAAAAGGGUUCUGCAGUUUUUUUAAACUGAUCUAUCCUCUGGAUAGAUCAUCAGCAUCUGAUCGGCGGGGGUCCGACACCCGGGACCCCUGCCGAUCAGCUGUUUAAGAAGGCAGCCGUGCUGGCAGUAGUGCCGUGGCCUUCUCGCUGUUUACCGCUGGCCCAGUGACGUCACGACUAGCAUCAAUGGCCUGGACGGGGCUAAGCUCCAUUCAAUUGAACAUAGCUUGGCCCCGCCCAUGCCAUUCAUACUAGUCGUGACGUCACUGGGCCUGCGGUAAACAGCGAGAAGGCCGCGGCGCUACUGCCAGCGCCACUGCCUUCUCAAACAGCUGAUCGGCAGGGGUCUCGGGUGUCGGAUCCCCGCUGAUCAGAUGCUGAUCUAUCCAGAGGAUAGAUCAUCAGUUUAAAAAAACUGCAGAACCCCUUUAAACAUCAUUCAUUGCGGUUUACCGGUGUUAUUCACCUGCAACAUUCAAGAAAAGGAAAAAUGUCCAUUUCCAGGAUAUGACUCACUAGAUGAGACAUUGUACAGCUCUUAUUGUAUAGUAACUAUUAUCCUGUUACCAUUCCAUUUCACAGGCCACCACCCAUCGAGGCUUCCAGUGCAGUUACCCAUAGUGCAUAGACUACUUUUAGGUUUAUGUAGAGAGCACCUUUAAAUUUAUUGUCCCUAGGGUAAGAAUAUGUGUCACCGGUAGGUUAGAUACUGAUCCCUCUGGACACAUUCCUCCUGGAUACUGAAUUAUUUAUUUCACGUUUUUAUAGCUUUUUUUUUUUUUUUUCUCAGAAAAUAUUAAGCAAAAUAGUAAAAGACAUAACUGUGUCAGUGGUGAUAUUCUUCAGUAUGAUCUUAAGUGGUUUUACAUUUAACAUGCUAAAAGGCUAUAGAGAAGUUUAUUCCUUGCUGAACAAGUGAGCAAUGACCUUGCCAAACCCGUCGCUGCUGUUUGUAGCAUCCGAGCUGCUGUUUGCAUUGUUGUUAUUGCCUGAAAUAUGGUACUUCUGUAACUAAAUAUGAUGUGUAGUCUCGUCCACUGUCCUUUUAUUUGUGUGUCUGUUUUUUAAUCUGUUUUAUUUUGAACCGAAUGAAACUUUUUGUUGCACUUUGUUAAUAAAAUGGAACCUCUAAAUUU